AGCCCGGCGCAGAGCGCACACGGCCGUCCGCCGAGAGGCUGCAGAGAGCACCGCAAGCGCCGAGCUUCUAAGCGAAUAUAACUGGGAAAAGAAGCAACCAAGAAGUGUUGGUUGGCCCAUUGCCAUGGAGGGCGAGGUUGUUUCCAUGGAGACUGCUCAGGUCGCCCUGGCUUCUGAUGGAAAGGUCCUGCCAGAAGGCGGAGAGGCCUUGAUACAAGGGGCACAGGCUGAGGUGGCUGGUAACAUGGAAAUGAUGGUGAUGGACGCUCUCGAUCCAGCUUUGCUUCAAAUGAAGACGGAGGUGUUGGAGGGAGGCGGCACAGUAACCGUUACUGGUGGAGACGAGGGUCAGAUCAUCACUCUACAGGUGGUGAACAUGGAGGAGCAGACAGGUGCUGCAUUAGGUCUUGGCCAGCUUCAGCUGGUGCAGGUACCGGUAACUACAGCAACUGUAGAGGGGCUUCAGGCCACUUUUGUUGAGGCAUCAACAGCUAACAAAGAUGCAGAGCCGGUUAUCUGUCAUACCCUUCCCUUGCCUGAGGGAUUUCAGGUGGUAAAAGUGGGUGCCAAUGGUGAGGUGGAGACUGUAGAACAGGAGGAGCUCCAGGCUGCUCAUGAUGAGCUCCAAGGGACGAGGGGGGAGGAUGAAGAAGAGGAUGAAGAGGUAGCAGAAGUGGAAUCUUCUGUGCCCCAGCAAGAUGACCCAGAAUGGUCCAAGGAUCCAGACUACCAGCCCAUUACCGCCAUCCGUAAAGCCAAGAAGGGAAAGAAGAGCCGCCUGCGAUACGCAGAGGGAGAUCGUGACAUGGAUGUGUCGGUGUACGACUUUGAGGAAGAGCAGCAGGAGGGGCUGCUGUCAGAGGUUAAUGCUGAGAAGGUUGUGGGCAACAUGAAGCCACCGAAGCCCACAAAGAUUAAGAAAAAAGGUGUAAAGAAGACUUUCCAGUGUGAGCUGUGUAGCUACACCUGUCCAAGGCGCUCUAACCUGGACCGACACAUGAAGAGCCACACAGACGAAAGACCACACAAGUGUCACUUGUGUGGAAGAGCAUUCAGAACGGUCACACUGCUGAGAAACCAUCUCAACACGCAUACAGGCACUCGGCCACAUAAAUGCACAGAUUGUGACAUGGCAUUUGUGACCAGUGGUGAGCUGGUGCGUCAUCGUCGCUACAAACACACACACGAGAAGCCUUUUAAGUGCUCCAUGUGUGACUACUCCAGUGUGGAGGUGAGCAAGUUGAAAAGGCACAUCCGCUCUCAUACAGGGGAGCGACCCUUCCAGUGCAGUCUGUGCAGCUAUGCCAGCAGAGACACUUACAAGCUGAAGAGACACAUGAGAACACAUUCAGGUGAGAAGCCAUACGAGUGCUACAUCUGCCACGCUCGUUUCACACAGAGUGGCACCAUGAAGAUGCACAUUCUGCAGAAACACACGGAGAACGUGGCGAAGUUCCACUGCCCACACUGUGAUACUGUCAUUGCACGCAAGAGUGACCUUGGUGUUCACUUGCGUAAGCAGCACUCAUUUAUUGAGACAGGGAAGAAAUGCCGUUACUGCGACGCUGUGUUUCAUGAGCGCUACGCUCUCAUCCAACAUCAGAAGACUCACAAGAAUGAAAAGCGUUUCAAGUGUGACCAGUGUGACUACUGCUGCAGACAGGAACGUCACAUGAUAAUGCACAAGCGUACACACACGGGGGAGAAGCCGUUUGCCUGCAGCCAGUGUGAUAAAACUUUCCGACAGAAGCAGCUUCUGGACAUGCACUUCAAACGCUACCACGAUCCCAACUUCGUCCCCACCGCCUUUGUCUGCAGCAAAUGUAGCAAGACUUUCACCCGCAGGAACACGAUGCUGCGUCACUCUGAAAACUGCACGGGCGAACUUAUAGAAGAAAAUGGAACUCCUACGCCUAAAAAGGGUCGUCGUGGCAGGAAAAGGAAGAUGCAGAGCAGGAGGGACGACGAUGAUGAUGACGACACAGAGGGUGAUCUGGACGACAUCGAGGAGGAGGAAGAGGAUGAGCUGCUAACUGAGAUUGAGGUGGAACAGGCUGAACCAGUUGUUCCUAUCCCAGCCCCAGUGGAGCCACCAGUCAAGAGGAAACGUGGACGGCCCCCAAAGAACAAGCCUGACACGGCUGCUAUCAUCCGUGUGGAGGACGAGGCCACUGGAGAGGUGGAUGACAUCAUUGUGAAGAAGGAGGUUGGAGCCGAGCAAGACGACGAUGAGGAGGAGGCCACACAGGUAGUGGUCGGUGGGGGGAAGCCGGCCAUUCAGAUGGAGGAGUUGUCCCAGGAAGCGGGAGCGGCGCAGGACGUGCAGCUGUCUGAGGCCCCUCCCAACGGAGACCUGACUCCUGAGAUGAUCCUCAGCAUGAUGGACCGGUGAUGGGUGUGAGGGUUGAACCUGUAAACGCACCCAGACCCUUGAUUACAUCUUCAUUUUAAUUCUCUGCAUUUAGGAUAACAAACACUCGCAUCCUGCACCAGAAAGAAGCGUCACAGUUGUAAUUUAAGAUUUGCUUUUUAAUCAUGUAUUGAUAAAGACUCGGAUGAGUGAAAAAGAUUUUUAAUAAGGAUUUAUCUACCAAAAAAAAAAAUGCAUUUCAAUACAUUUGAGUUUGGGGUGGCUGUAACUGAAGGCAGUAUCUUUUUCUCCUUUAGUAGCUCUGUAAUUUGGCAGGCAGCAGCUGAUCCACAUUACAAAGCCUAUUCUGGCUGAAUGUUUUGAAAAUUGUCCAUUGAGAGAUUUGAAUGUCUUUUUCUUUUUUAAGUCUUUUUUUUUUUCUUUUCUUUUCUUUUUACUUGGUAUAACAUUGUACCAGUGGGUUAAAGAUGUAGUUUAGUUAUUUGUAAAUAGGACUGUACACAUGGGUUGGGUUUCUUUUCCUAAACUAUUAUUAAUCCAACCAAUAUUCCUCAAUGAAUGGUUUGGACAGACAAGUGCUCUCUAGUGAAAGUGCUGCAGAUGGGAAUUGGUUUGCGGGGUUUGAUUUGAGAGCAACAGAACAGUAAAAACAAGUCAACUUAGGCCCAAUUUGAAGAUCCUUGGAACAAAAUUGCAGAAACAAAGAGACGACUACCUGGAAGACGAUACUGCCGCUCAUCACAGCCUCUUAAACAUGUGGAAAAAAGAAAUAUUUUGAUUUUGUUUGUUUGUUUUUCCUUCUUUUUUUUUCUCGUUAGCAAAUCCAUUUUUAAGUAUAUUCUAGUUUUUAAAAGCUUAAUAGACUGCUUAUCUCUGCUCCUUUCUUGUUACUGUAACACCCAUAGAUGAUGUGUAUGUACUAAACAUUGUCGCUGAUGAAGUGCAAGGAAAGAACGUCGUUUUGCUCUCUUGUGUAGCCAUUCCACUUUGGGUUUUCCUUUCGUACCAUUGACAUUGAAAUGCUACGUAGCAGCUUGAAUGACCUUUUUAAUGACUGUGUGGCGGAUGAGAACAGACGUAUGACUGUACAACCAAUACAAAUGAGUAGACAUGAGGCUGACGUUCUAGGUUUCAGCAGCUGUAAUAAUCUCGAUCGUUGAUUUUUUUUAAAAAGCCUCUUUUUGGCUGAGCAGUUAACCUUGUUAGUGGUACAGUUACAGCAAAGGUUUGCUUGAAUCAUUGUUUAUUCAAAUUGGCUGAGGAACACCGGAGUGAUAACAGAAAUGUCAGUGUAUUUUGCUUGCAAAUAUAUUUUAUUAAAUGGAGAACUUGAUAUUA